AUGGACGCACUUAAGAACAUCCUAUCCCCUCUGGGGAUGAACACAGGCGCUAUCCACGACACCUUGAAGCUCGUGGUCAUAGGUGGCACAGUCGAGACGGCACGACGGGUCUCUGUAUCAGCGUGGAAUGGCUUUGUCGACUCCUUCUUUCUCACAGCCCACUUCAGCGAAGAGGACUAUCCGUAUGACUGGUUAAUGAACUGGCUGUCUAAGCAACCGGCCUGGGGACGUAGUCGGGAGUUUGAGAUCACCACACGGAGUGUGGGCCGUAGUGGGCUCAACUCUUCAACAGCCGGGGAUCUUGAUGAAGACGAGGAGGAAGACGAGGAUUCCCUCGUUCAUGGGAAGCGCAAGCGCAAGGUCGCCUUCAUGCCAAGCUUAGACACGACACAUACGAUUUACUACCGAGGACAUUGGCUGAGAAUAACGAGAACGAAACGCUAUCCCGACUACGGCCACGGUUCAUCACUUAAGAUUAGUGUCGUCGCCCGUAAUAAUGAUAUCCUCAAAAAGCUGGUGCUCGAAGCCAAAAGGGAAUACGAGAAGGACGCUGAGCAUCGUGUCCACAUCUUUUUGGCUGACACAACGUACGUUUGCUGGCGAUGGAACGGGGCCCGGCAGAAGCGUCCGAUGAGCUCCAUUGUCCUACAACCCGGAGUAAAGGACAUGCUCCUGGCUGAUUGCAAGGACUUCUUGUUCUCGGAGGAGUGGUAUGCUGAGAGAGGUAUUCCAUUCCGAAGAGGAUAUCUAUUACAUGGUGUCCCCGGAAGUGGCAAGACAUCACUCAUCCAUUCGCUCGCUGGGGAGCUUGGUCUGGACAUUUAUGUGGUCUCGUUAUCAUCGAAAGGCAUGAGCGACAACACACUGACGACAUUGAUGGGUUAUGUUCCGUCUAGAUGUAUUGUACUAUUGGAAGACUUAGACGCUGCAUUCACACGUUCAGUUAGUCGUGAUGCUACCUCGACGGGGGCGCCUACCUCGUCGACCACUGAUAGCACGGCGACUACGACAUCGGAGAGUAACAAUGAAGGCUCUACAUUGAGUCUAAGUGGAUUGCUGAAUGCUCUUGACGGUGUUGCAGCAGCUGAGGGGCGCCUAUUGUUCGCCACCACCAAUCAUAUUGAGCGACUUGACCCCGCCUUGAGUCGACCUGGGCGUAUGGACGUCUGGGUUAACUUCACCCAUGCUACGAAGUGGCAGGCGGAGGGCAUCUUCAAGUGCUUCUUCCCUUUCAAACCCACCACCGCCUCUACUCCCGAAACCCCCAAAGACACAUCCCAGAAGAACCUCCCUCUCCCCAAGAAGAAGUCUACUCACGCUAUCCCCCUCUUGACUGAGGAAGAGAUUUCAGAACUUGCUAAACGCUUUGCAGAGGCCAUCCCGGAGGAAGAGCUCAGCGUUGCCAGCCUGCAAGGGUACCUGCUGAGGAACAAGACUCGUCCACGCGAGUGUGUCGAAGAGGUAGCCGAAUGGGUGAAGCAAGAGCGUGAGACCCGCGAGAAGCUCAAGAAGGAAAAGGCGGAGCGUGAGGCACAAGAGAAGAAAGAGGCUGAGGAGAAGGCAAAGAAGGAGAAGGCCGAGAAGGAGGGCACAACGACGACGACGGAACAAACAGAAGAGGAGAAGGAGAAGGAAGCCAAAGAGAAGGAGGAAAAGGAAGCGAAAGAGAAGCAAGAACGCAAAGAAGCCAAAGCUAAGGCCAAGAAAGCGCGCGCUGAAGCUGCGAAGACUGAGCCUGACGCGACUGCUACUACUAUCGACGGAGUGACUGCUGAGCCAUCAUCGAGUGAGACGUCCUCAAGCUCUGAAUCCGACAGCACCGGGAACGAAGGUGACGUUGAAAGCGUGAUAUCAGAGUCAGAGUCAGAGAAGUCGCCCAACCAAGCCACGCCGGAGGACAAGGAGAAGUGGGUAGCGGUCAAAGGCGAAGCUUCCCCUCCUUCCAUCACCCCUUGA